GUUGUUGCCCCCUAUAUUUCCGAUCGAUCUUUCCCUGCCAAACCCAAUCUGAAACCUGAGUCACUCACUCCUGGAAAAGAAACAAAGAAGAAGAAAAGGAGAAAAACAGCGAGUGGGAUUUUCAAUAACUUUGGUUUUUAACAAGACACAAACUUGGUUUCCUGCUCCCCCCAUCUCUGCUGUGAGGCUCAAUCUCGGAUCAGGCCGUGUUACACUGCCCGGAGUUCUUAGGGUUUGGCCUUUGAAAAGAUGGCUCAAUCGAGCGGCAGAGGAGGCGGAACUGGGAGGUUCGCGGUGGGUGAGUAUUUGGUUGGGAAGCAGAUAGGGACCGGGUCGUACUCGACGGUGUGGCUUGCGCGACACCGAGUCCACGGCACCGAGGUGGCCAUCAAGGAGAUCGUCACAGCUCGGCUCAACUCCAAACUCAAAGAGAGUCUCAUGUCCGAGAUUGUUAUUCUCCAGAAGAUCAAUCACCCCAACAUCAUCCACUUGCACGACAUGAUACAGGAUUCAGGAAAGGUUUAUAUAGUGUUGGAGUACUGUCGAGGGGGUGAUCUUUCUAUGUACAUCCAACAACGCAAUGGGAGAAUUCCAGAAGCAACUGCAAAACAUUUUAUGCAGCAGCUAGCAUCGGGCCUUAAAGUUCUUCGCGAAAACAACUUGAUACACCGGGACCUUAAACCACAGAAUCUGCUCUUGUCAGUAAACAACGACAAUGCUGUUUUGAAGAUUGCUGAUUUUGGAUUUGCAAGGUCUUUGCAACCUAGGGGCCUCGCAGAGACCUUAUGUGGUUCACCACUAUACAUGGCUCCUGAAAUUAUGCAACUUCAGAAGUAUGACGCAAAGGCAGAUCUCUGGAGUGUUGGUGCCAUUCUAUUUCAGCUUGUAACUGGUAGAACCCCAUUCAUAGGAAACAAUCAAAUACAGUUGCUUCAGAACAUAGUAAAAUCAAGUGAAUUGCAAUUCCCUUCAAAUGCAAAGAAUUUGAGUGAUGAGUGCAUAGAUUUAUGUAAAAAGUUAUUGCGCCGUAAUCCAGUGGAGCGGUUGACAUUUGAAGAGUUCUUUAACCACCAAUUUCUUGCAAAAAGGAAACCAGAUGAACUAUCUAGGAUUUGGAAACCACAGAGGAAGAUAGAUGGGUUUCCCCUGUCAGGAUCUAGCCGUGCAAAUGCAGAUGAAAGUCAAGAAGAUUGUCUACCCUUCAAGCUUGAUGAUGAUUCGUGUGGUACUGAUGUCAAUCAAUCUUAUUCAGGGAGAUUACAACAAAAAUCUCCAUUUAAUUAUUCUACUGAUUCUAAAGGUUAUAGAAGGGAUGCUUUCAAUGUUCCAUGUUUACCGGAUCCAACCUUCAAUGCCAUUGAUGGCCCAUGCAUACAAGAUUCCACUGCACGUAGUGCUGGCAGCCAUUACCUUUCAGAAGGAAACUUGAAAGAAUCUCAUAACUCCACUGAACAUAGACAAACAGUCACUAAUAAGGAAGGUGCUCACUCUUGCAAUAAUAUAAAUCAAUAAUUUUUUAAUUUUCUUUUAUUUAGAUCUAAAUAGCUGCAAAUAUUCAAAUAUCACAUUUCACAUUUAGAGCUUGUUUGCUGGACUAUAGUUUUUCCUCAUCGGCCAGUUUUUUCUUCCGAACACUAAGGGGCUGUUUGGCAACUUCUGAAUCGGUAAGUGCUGAAUCAGUAAGAGGUCUGAACCAUUAAGUGCUGAACCAGUAAGAGGUCUGAACCAUUAAGAGCUAGUAUAUUGCUUAACUAUUCAGAGGCAAAUGUCUGAUCAAUUCAGAUAAGAGGUCUUAACCAUUCAGACUCUGUAUAAUACUUAACCAUUCAGAGGCAAAUCUCUUAACCAUUCAGACAUUUGAACCAUUAAGAGGCUGAAACAAACAGUCUGAACCAUUAAGUGAUGAACCAUUCAGACAUCUGAACCAUUAAGAGGCUGAAACAAACAGCCCCUAACUAUUGUCUCUGCACUAAGUGAAUCUGAUGAUAAUGAAAAAAGUAGUGCAUGAGUUACUUUUUUAUGAAAUUGAUGCUUUUAGAUUUA